ACUUAGCAGAGGGAGCAGCUUAAGCAAGCACCAUCAUGGAUGUCAAACUUCUGCCACUGAUGCUUCUGUUUGCCGUGGUCACACAUGGGCCUACAAGUACCGCAAAGCCCAUCAGUCUUGUGGAGAGGUGCUGGUGUCGUUCUACUCUCAACACGGUUCCCCAGCGCUCCAUCAAAGAGCUCAAGUUCCUCCACACACCCAACUGCCCCUUCCAAGUCAUUGCCAAGCUGAAGAGCAACAGAGAAGUUUGCAUCAACCCAGAAACCAAGUGGCUGCAGCAGUACUUAAAGAACGCCAUUAACAAGGUGAAGAAGUCGCGAAGACGUAACAACAAGAAGAACUAAAUCCGGGGGGUGUUUUCCAUCAGGUCAAGCACCCUCAGGUCCAACCUGUGUACCUCCUAACCACUGCUAUGGAUGUAUGAAAACACGCCGUAUGUACCCGUCCACCUCUCUGGACUGCUUGCACAAGAAGCACUUCACCGCCAAUCUGUGCCACCGAUCACAGGCCCCUCUGGACACCAACGGAGUCGCCUCACCAGCCUCCACGUAGCACCGAGUGCGAUUAAAGCCUGGCUUGGGAUGACGGACGCUGUGUGUAUGAAAAUGCAUUAUGAGCUUUCUGUCUGAACAGCAAUGAUUUAUGGGUAAUGACUGUGCCCACCACCUCAUGUCAAGUGUCCUUUAAAUAUUCGGGAAUACUCAAAGGAAUUAUAGCUUGUACAAGUAGAAUCUUUAUAGGCAGGUCACACUAACACAAAUCUCUCAGUGUCUUCUGAAAUAUUCGACUUCUGCUCCAGGAUCAAGAAUGUAACGUAUCCAGUAAGUAGAUAGUAUUCUGAUUUUCUGCCUUAUAUACAGCAUACAUGUGUGUGUGUGUGUGUGUGUGUGUGUGUGUGCGCGUGUGUGAGUGUGUGAAAGAGGCACUAUAUUAAAACGUGUUUUUUAGGGGAUGACAAACACCUACCAGAUAUCAACAAACACUGAUCAUUUGGUGCAACAUAUUCAUUUUAAAGGUCAGAGCCAUUUUGAUUUGUCUGGUUUGUACUGUUUAGUUCAUGCAAAGCUAUACUCAGCUCAUCUCUUUAUUUUUAUGAGCAGCUCCUGACGGUCUGAUGUGAAAAUCACAUGGAAAGCUUCUUGUUAAGGUCAUCCAGUGCAGAGAAAGGCGAUGAGCAUCGUUGAUGCAUCUUUUACUGACUGAACAUAUCAGUUUACAGUCGAGACCAAAUAUUUAUUCAGUGCAACAGGCAACAAGAUGAAACCUCAGCUACAAGAUCAGAAUUCCAAAUCUGGUUAGAGUUUUUACAGUUUGACAUCAAGACGUUAGAGCAAGUUGACUGCGGUAUUCUUAAAUGAGUAUUUGUGGGAAAGUAUAUGAAAUGACUGAAUUGUCAAAAAGGGAAUGUUCAUGAUGGCAAAGAGAACGUUGUGAUAAUUGUUUUUAUUAUUGGUCGGGAAAACAAAUAUUUUUAAGCCACUUUAUUAUCAAAUGUCCUGUAAAUGUUACUGUUUUUAUUUUUAUAUUGUGUAUAUGCUCACUGAAUGCUUUUGAAUGCAAUAUCCAGUUCAGUAAAUACUAAAUGAAGGGUAGAAUGUCUUAAACCCCCGGAAAAUGUAUUACGCUUUCACGCAUGAGUAGAAAACAAUUUGCGACAUAUUCCUGCACCAGGGGAAAUUUUUUUUCACAAUGUUGUUAAAAGCCAGCCAAGAAAAUUACAUUCUGUCCUCACUUAUUUGGUUUUCUCUGCUUUCAUUCAUUCAACACGAGUUGGCCCCAUGUAAGUAUUUUACUCUUACAUCUUGUUUUAAUCUGUCCAACACAUUGUGAGAAUUCAAUAUUCAAUAUUAUUGUGUAAUGAUUGGAGACAUAAUUCAGCCCGGCCACAGCAAACACUUGAUUAGCUUUGACUAUUUAUAUUUAGUGUCAGCAAAUCCUGUGACGCAAAGCAGAACAAAAACUGCUGCUUGCGAUCGACAUGUGCUUUCUAUUAGGACACUCCCAGCACCCCAAACACUUUCUUCACUGCUAAACUAUACGCUCACUUUUUCACAAGACGUUUUGGAAGUGCUGGUUGUGGUCUGUGUUAAGUUUAUUUGUUAUGCUUGACAAUUGGCAGGCUGCUUGCUAACUGGUCAUAAUCUAAUGAAGUAGCAGCCAGCAGCGCAACAAGCAUUAUUAUCAUUCUUAUAAAUACUCUAUGAAUGGCCCAUGAUUCUUGAUGUUGCACCAAUUCUUCACCGCAGUGCUGAAUAAUCAAAAAUGAAUACCUGUCAAUCCAUUGCAUCCAUACAGAAGGAGGAUUCCACAAGACCAUCAACAAUAAAUCAAUAUUAGAGGCAAAGUGAGCACCUCGUUAUGUUCAUGUUGGUGCUUAUUUUGAUAACAAAAAUAUUCUUCUGAGUCCAACUGUGCAUGGGUCGAACUAAGACUACAAAGAAUAAUUACUAAUACUGUACUACACCGAGAUGAAUGCAUUUUCUUAACCAUUGGGAUAUAUCACUGUAUCACAAUGCAUGUUUAUCAUGACACUUUGUGUGUUUCUUAUAUGUUUUCUAAUACUGUUUUGCAUCCACUUGUGAGGAUGCAAAAAUAAGUGGGGCCUAUUUCUACGUUUGGACACCAAGAAAAUGUGAAAUAACUUGAUAAUCUUUGUAAUUUGCUUUUGACACAUUUGAUUAACUUUUAUAUAUUAGCGUUUGUAUUUUGUAUGUAAACAUGUAAAGAGACAGUAUUUUACCUAUCAUACUCAAACCCCU